AUGCCAGCGCCGCACCUUGUGGACAGCCUCUACGCCUGGUUAAUGGCCGCCAUGUGCUUUUGGAUUCAGAUAUGGGUAGCCACCAUCUUCCGCAGCGCUGGCGUCCUCCUGGUUGGCCUGGUGUCCGCCUUCCGCAUCUCUCGCGAGCAGGCCGCGUGGCCCUUCGAGAUCUGCAACACCAUCAACCUGGCGCAAGGUUUCUUGGUCGGCAUUCUGGUCAGAUACUUCGACACCCGAGCGUUGAACUCGGGAGCCACGCUUGUGUCUGGAGUGAGCGCCAUCGCUUGCUCCCUUUGGGACACGCCUAGUGCCUACCUUGUAUUUCUUGGCUUUAUCUUCGGUGCCGGCUCGGGUCUCAUGGUCCCCACGAGCGUGGUGGUUCUGAACCGCUACUUCGACGAGUACCGCGCCUCGGCGAGUGGCCUGAGCUUCGCAGGAGGGGCGCUCAGUAGCAUCCUGCUGCCGCCGCUCAUCGGGAUGCUGCUGGACACGUACGGCCUGCAGGGCACCAUGCUCAUCGUGGGCGCUCUGAUGCUCAACGCGAUGGCCGGCUCCAUUGCACUCCGCUCGUCGCCCAGCUUCCCGAGGCCGCUAGACCACCCCAUAUUCAGCAGCACCGCCACGAGCUGUAGCAGCACCGAAAACUCGCAGAGCAAGAACAUCAUCAGUGACCUCCUGGUGUGGGAUAGCGGCAUCGUCGUUUCCUCUCUGCCGCCGCGCUCAUCUGCACCUCAACGGCGAAGUCAUCGAGGGAUGUUCAGCUUCUUCCGCGACCCGAUGUUCGUGCCGCUGAUGGCGACCGGUAUGUUGUAUGGCUACGUGUUCAGCACCUACACGAUAACGAUAGUGGACCACGCUGUUGGUGCGGCGCAUGCCAGCAACGAGGACGGCGCCGUGCUGGUCUCGGCCAUGGCCAUCGGCGACUUCGUCAGCCGACUCGGCACGGGCUACCUCACGGACCGGCACUACAUCACCCGCGAGUGGAUGCUCAUCAUCAACUUCACCGUACAGGGCGUGUGCUACGUGCUGUUAGCUAACCUGACCACCGUGGCUUACAUGGCGGUGGUGGGAUUGGUGUUCGGCCUGAACAACGGCCCAACAAUAGCGUCGAUGCCCGUGCUAAUAGCCGACCACCUGGGCGACGAACACCUGCCGCUCGCGUUCGGUCUGCACCGGCUCACCAUGGGAAUGGCGACGCUCUUCAGGCCUGUGCUCAUCGGCUACUUCAAGGACAAGCAAGGCUCGUACAACGGCCUCUACUACCUGGUGGCCGGCGCUUGCGCUGCAGUCGUGGUCCUGUGGUGCAUCAUCGUGACCGCCAGCUCCAUCAAGUCACUUUUUCUGAGAAGGCCCACCCACGAAAACGAUCUUCCUAUGCCUGCCUGA